GGGAGAAGCAACACGGGCCGCUCGCUGGGCUCGGAAGACCUCCGCAUUGGCUGUGAUCACGUCGCGCACUUUCGACACAGCACCGGCCGCGAAUACGCGCUCUAUUGCCCCGCUGAACAAAGGAGAGAGGACCGUUCUGCUUCAGCCUGGGAAGGUUGGUGAUGGUCAGUAGUAGUUAAAGUCCGCAGCCAAGGAUGUCUGCUACAGAUUCGGACAACUCCAUUGACUGGCUGGCAAGUGACACUGAGGACACCAACAGUGAACAGGAGUUUGAGGGGAAGCGCAGCCAGACAGAUGCUUCUUCAACGGACAGCUGCUGGAGCCGUGAGAUCCGCGAGACGUCCACUAGGGGUCCUCCUUCCAGCUGCACGGAGACAUGGGGCAGGGAUGCCAUUGAACUGUGUAAAACGCAACAAAGCGAGAAGAUGAAGAGACGACGCAGCUUCGCGGAGGAAGAGGAAGGACGGAUCAUUUCCAGUCAGUCAGAGAAGGGACGGCUUUUUACCCGAAAGUGCAUGGAGCUGCAAUGCUACAUCCAUCCACUGUCCUCAAUCUUGAAUGGUCUUCGUUCAGGGAGAUACCGAGAACGACUUAGCAGUUUCCAAGAAAGUGUUGCUAUGGAUAGAAUCCAAAGGAUCCUGGGUGUUCUGCAGAAUCCCUGCUUAGGGGAGAAAUACAUAAGUAUCAUUCUUAAAAUGGAGGAAAUGCUGAAGAGUUGGUUCCCUAACGUAAAAACCCAACGCCAACCGGCCGUCGCCCACACAGAGGAAGUCGUUCCUACAAAGAAACUAAAGCUUUCACAAGUGACAGCGAGCGCAGCAGCGAGCCCAGUUACCAUCAGCGAUACUCCGCAGGGUGCCAAACAGCUGCGAGUCACCGACCUCACACCUCCUGGAGCUUAUUCCGCAAGCAACCUUAAAUGGCUCCACACGUUCCCCAUCUGCUCCCCCAUCGCGGAGCAGGCGCAGGCGGGCCCUCGGCAUGUAGCGCACCCUAGAGACAUAACGCAGGACAGCGCCGUAUCUUCCAGCACAGACGUCCCCGCUAACACAAACUCUGUGCCGAGAGGGCCUCCGCCGGAAAAAAUCAAGGCGCCUUGUCUAGAGCGCCUCCUGAAGUCGACAGAUAGCAUUCUCACCCGCAAGGGGACGUCGGGUUUGACGGACAGCAGCUGGUCCUAGUCCACAUCGGGGGCUGCUUCACACGCAGCUGAGCCUUGACUACUCUACCAGGGGGGCCAGUUAGCUCGCUUUGCCCAUUCCAGCCUUCAGGGGAGGCCUGAGCCUUUAAAAAAAGGGACUUGACAGGUUUACUGUUUAGUGGAAAAUGUGUUCCCACACUGACAUGACAAGUGUCUGCUAUAUUUUCUCCUUUUGUUUUGUCGUUUGCACUCUUGGGUAGCAUUUAUGAAGGUGGGAAGGAGAGCAGUUUCAUGCUAACCGAGGCAGCGUUCCCUCUGUAGAUCCGACGGUUCUGUUUGAGCGUUUGCAAAAGCGCCAUCUUGCCAACGAGGUGGAAGUAGUUUGUGCUGGAAGGAAGUGUGUCCCAUCUCCAGACACGUGGUCAACAGCGGCCUACUUAUUUGUUGUGCUGAAAUGUGACUUUAUGUUUUAGUCCUUCUCACGGCUCCACUGUCAACUUUAUUUUUGUGACAGUUACUCAUUUUCAUACUUUGAGAAUCAGUCUUUUGGUACAACUGUUCUACCUCAGGGGGUGAGGGUAAGAAUGUGAACGCAUCGCUCAACCUCUCCGGACACCUCGGCGGACCUGCAGCGAGCCACGCCGGCAUCAAACAGAACGCUCUGCAGCACGAGCCACCCUGUUUGGGGACGCUCCCAUCACAGGGAUGCACUCAUGGUGCCAUUGCAAAGAAUGUCCACAGAGUCUCCCAGUCCAAGGCAAAACAGUGCCUGUAAACAUCAAACUGUGCCUGCAUGCCAGUUUAAUAAAGCGAGAGAAAAGUCCAAGGCGGGAUAGUACUGAUCAGGAAUUGUCACUCUCCUGCCAUUCACAUCAAUUAUUCAGUUCUUGCCAACCCGCUUCCAUGGUGGAGUAGAACAACUGUUAUGUUUUGCCACAAAACUCAGACAGUAUGUUAGACCAGCAGAGAGGGGCAACUUUGGUUUCCCUCUGUGUAAACCUGACAGAGGUUGUCAAUUUAUUCUGAAAAGUGGCCUUUAUAUUGUGAAAUUUUAUACUUUUAAAAUAAAUGUGUGUAUAUUUGUUUGAUGCAAA